UACUUUGGGGGGGGGGGGGGAAGGUUUUGCUCUGGGCAUUUGCUUUGCCCAGCGGUUGAAAAGUGAACUCGACUCGUGAUGGUUCUCCUGUCACUUUGGUUGAUAGCAGCCGCUCUGGUAGAGGUUAAGACUUCAGCUGAUGGACAAGCUGGUAAUGAAGAAAUGGUGCAAAUAGAUUUGCCAAUGAAGAGGCAGAGAGAAUAUGAGCUGGUGACUCCCGUCAGCACAAAUUCUGAAGGACACUAUCUCUCCCACAUUCUUUCUGCAAAUCACAAAAAGAGGUCAACAAGGGACGUGUCUUCCAGCUCUGAGCGAUUGUUCUUUAACAUCACGGCGUUUGGAAGAGAUUUUCAUCUGCGACUGAAGCCCAACACUCAGCUGGUAGCUCCUGGUGCUGUGGUGGAAUGGCAUGAGGCAACUCCGGUGCCUGGGAAUGUAACCGACCCCAUUCAUGCUCAUCAACCAGGAAGAACUUCCGAGAGGAUCUGGAAAACAGAGCCUUUGCAGACCGACUGUGCUUAUGUUGGUGACGUCAUGGACAUUCCAGGAACCUCUGUUGCCAUUAGCAACUGUGAUGGUCUGGCUGGAAUGAUAAAAAGUGAUAAUGAUGAGUAUUUCAUUGAACCCUUGGAAAGAGGUAAGCAGAUGGAGGAAGAAAAAGGAAGGAUUCAUGUUGUCUACAAGAGAUCAGCAGUAGAACGGGCUCCCAUAGACAUGUCCCAAGACUUCCACUACAGAGAGUCGGAUCUGGAAGGCCUUGAUGAUCUAGGUACUGUUUACAGCAGCAUUGACCAGCAGCUGAAUGAAACCAUGAGGCGCCGCAGACACGCAGGAGAAAAUGAUUACAACAUCGAGGUUCUGCUGGGAGUGGAUGACUCUGUGGUCCGUUUCCAUGGCAAAGAGCACGUCCAAAACUACCUCCUCACCCUGAUGAACAUUGUGAAUGAAAUUUACCAUGAUGAGUCCCUGGGAGUGCAUAUAAAUGUAGUCCUGGUGCGCAUGAUAAUGCUGGGUUAUGCAAAGUCCAUCAGCCUCAUAGAAAGGGGAAAUCCAUCCAGGAGCCUGGAGAACGUGUGUCGCUGGGCUUGCCAACAACAAAAAUCUGAUCCCAAUCACUCUGAACACCAUGAUCACGCAAUUUUCUUAACCAGGCAAGACUUCGGACCUGCUGGAAUGCAAGGAUAUGCUCCAGUCACAGGCAUGUGUCACCCGGUGAGAAGCUGUACCCUGAAUCACGAGGAUGGUUUUUCAUCUGCCUUUGUAGUAGCACAUGAAACUGGCCAUGUGUUGGGGAUGGAACACGAUGGGCAGGGCAACAGAUGCGGUGAUGAGACUGCUAUGGGAAGUGUCAUGGCCCCCUUGGUGCAAGCCGCAUUUCAUCGUUACCACUGGUCCCGGUGUAGCGGCCAAGAACUGAAAAGAUACAUACAUUCCUAUGACUGUCUCCUUGAUGACCCAUUUGAACAUGACUGGCCCAAACUCCCAGAACUUCCUGGAAUCAAUUAUUCUAUGGAUGAGCAGUGUCGUUUUGACUUUGGAGUUGGUUAUAAAAUGUGCACUGCGUUCCGAACGUUUGACCCAUGUAAACAGCUUUGGUGUAGCCAUCCUGAUAAUCCCUACUUUUGCAAGACUAAAAAAGGGCCCCCACUUGAUGGAACCGAAUGUGCUGCUGGGAAAUGGUGCUAUAAAGGCCAUUGCAUGUGGAAGAAUGCUAAUCAGCAAAAACAAGAUGGUAACUGGGGAUCCUGGACCAAAUUUGGCUCCUGUUCCCGGACCUGUGGAACUGGUGUGCGCUUCAGAACACGCCAGUGCAAUAAUCCAACGCCCAUCAAUGGUGGUCAGGAUUGUCCUGGCGUUAAUUUUGAGUACCAGCUUUGUAAUACAGAAGAAUGCCAAAAACACUUUGAGGACUUCAGAGCCCAGCAGUGCCAGCAGCGUAACUCCCACUUUGAAUACCAGAAUACCAAACACCACUGGUUGCCAUAUGAACAUCCCGACUCCAAGAAAAGAUGCCACCUGUACUGUCAAUCCAAAGAGACUGGAGAUGUUGCUUAUAUGAAACAGCUGGUGCAUGACGGAACACGCUGCUCCUACAAAGACCCGUAUAGCAUAUGUGUGCGCGGAGAGUGUGUGAAAGUGGGCUGUGAUAAAGAAAUCGGUUCUAACAAGGUUGAGGAUAAGUGUGGUGUCUGUGGAGGAGAUAAUUCCCAUUGUCGAACUGUAAAGGGGACAUUUACCAGGACACCCAGGAAGCUUGGGUACCUUAAGAUGUUUGAUAUACCCCCUGGUGCUAGACAUGUGUUAAUCCAAGAAGACGAGGCUUCUCCUCAUGUUCUUGCAAUUAAGAAUCAGGCUACCGGCCACUAUAUUUUAAAUGGCAAAGGAGAGGAAGCCAAGUCAAAGACCUUCAUAGAUCUUGGUGUGGAAUGGGAUUAUAACAUUGAAGAUGACAUUGAAACUCUUCACACCGAUGGACCUUUACAUGAUCCUGUUAUUGUUUUGAUUAUCCCUCAGGAGAACGAUACCCGCUCUAGCCUGACAUAUAAGUACAUCAUCCAUGAGGACUCCGCACCUACAAUCAACAGCAACAAUGUCAUCCAGGAAGAAUUGGAUACUUUUGAGUGGGCAUUGAAGAGCUGGUCUCAGUGUUCCAAACCCUGUGGAGGAGGUUUCCAGUACACUAAAUACGGAUGCCGUAGGAAAAGUGAUAACAAAAUGGUUCAUCGCAGCUUCUGUGAGGUCAACAAAAAGCCAAAACCUAUUAGAAGAAUGUGCAAUAUUCAGGAGUGCACACAUCCACUCUGGGCGGCGGAAGAGUGGGAGCAUUGCACCAAAACCUGCGGCGCCUCGGGCUACCAGCUCCGCACCGUGCGCUGCUUGCAGCCGCUCCACGACGGCACCAACCGCUCCGUGAACAGCAAGUACUGCGCCGGCGAGCGGCCCGAGAGCCGCCGGCCCUGCAACAGACUGCCCUGCCCGGCCCAGUGGAAAACGGGGCCCUGGAACGAGUGUUCAGUGACCUGCGGUGAGGGAACAGAGGUGAGGCAGGUCCUCUGCAGGGCCGGUGACCACUGCGACGGGGAGAAGCCCGAGUCUGUCCGAGCUUGUCAGCUGCCUCCUUGUAAUGAUGAGCCAUGUUUGGGAGAUAAGUCCAUAUUCUGUCAAAUGGAGGUGCUGGCACGAUACUGCUCCAUACCAGGUUAUAACAAGUUAUGUUGUGAGUCCUGUAGCAAGCGCAGUAGCACCCUGCCACCGACGUACCUUUCAGAAGCUGCUGAAAUUCAUGAUGAUGCUAUCUUUAACCCCAGUGACCUCCCUGGAUCUCUAGUGAUGCCUACAUCUUUGGUUCCGUACUAUUCGGAGACUUCUGCUGAAAAGAAGAAAUCUUUGAGCAGAAUCUCUUCCAUAGCAGGUCCAAAUGAGCAUGCUGCUUUCAGGCCAAACAGUAAAUCCAAUGGUGCUAACUUAUCCCAGAGGCAAGCACAGCCAGCAGAAGAUAAAACUCUGGGACCGGCCUCCCCACCCACCAAGAGUGGCCACCUCAGUUCAUCUCCACAACUGGCUGCUGCCCCCUUCCUUGCAGCCAGUGAUUCCAUAGGUGCUUCUUCUCAGGCAAGAACCUCAAAGAAAGAUGAAAAGCUUGUUGACAAGAGACGUCCGCUAAGAUCAUCCACGUCGGAAAGAUGAGCAAGUGAAGCCAAAAGGCUUCAGUGAAAAAUCUGGAGGACCUGCCUCUCUCCAUGGUGCAUACAGCUUGUUUAAAGUGGAACUCUCCAUAAAUCAUCAGCUCAUUUUCUCUGUGAGUGGAAGAAAAAAAAGUGCUGGUUCACUUUCUAGUUGCUUUCGUCCUCCUUUUGUUCUGCCUCGACUCAUUUACCAGAAUUCAUUGGAAGAAAGCACCAAAGAUUAUUGACCGGAGGAAAGUAAGUUGCUAGGUGUGUGGGUCGUUUUCUAAAGCAGGAAAGGGACUGGAACCAAUUGUGCAUAUCAGCUGAUUUCUUUUUUAAUUUUAAAAAAUUACAGUAAAAAGAAAAAAGAGGUGCCAAUGGUUUACACUUUAACAAAAAGUUUUGGCGCAAAGAAUUCUUAGACUUGUAUUCCUAUUUAUCUAUAUUAGAAAUAUUGUAUGAGCAAAUUUGCAGCUGUUUGUGUAAAUACUGUAUAUUGCAGAAAUCAGUAUUAUUUUAAGAGAUGUCUCAACUGAUUGUUUACUGUGUUACAUUUCUGGAUGUUCUAGGUGCCUGUCAUUGAGUAUUGCCUUAUUUGACAUUGUAUGAGUUGAUUUUCAAAGGAGAAUAUUACAAAGAAGUUAGAAUCGCAGCUACUGACAAUACAGAGGGUUGUGUUGUGAGGUUUUGUUUGAUCAACAAUGUGACAUGUAAAUUAAAGAAAAAGAAUAGAUAAGCUGCAGAUACUACCUUCCAUCCUUUAAAUAAAGAAGAAUAAGAUUAGUGUCUUAGCAUACUUGUAGUCACAGGGAACAGAGACCGUAAAUGAGCCCAUGCAAGACAAAAGAGAAACCCUUUAACCGGGGCUUCAAUAGACACCAUUGAUUUUCCUCUGUUCUUGUGUUGUUUUUAAUCGUCCCAUUGUUGACAUAUACAAAUGUGUAUACUCGAUGUACUGUAAUAAUAAUGACAAAUGUUCUGAGAUCAUUUGUAUGUUGGUAGCUGAGAAAAGCAUCAUGAAACUAGAUUAACACUCAAAUAGAGCAGGGCUGAAGGGCUCUAGAAGCAGGUUCAAGAAAGUAUUUGUCAAUGGUUGCGAUAUUUAUUUUCCGCAUGGUUCAUAUUCACAUGCUCACAACCACAAUGCAUCUGACUGCAAUAAUGUGCUAGUAAUUUAUGUCAGUGAUCACUUUACUUACAGUGAAGCCAGAAAUUCCAGGGAGUAGAUGUAAAGUAUCUGUAUAUAGAAUUCAGAACUGAAGAUAUUUAUUAAAAUUUGAUUUUUUUUCUUGAUAGUAUUUUUAUGUACUAAAUAUUUACUCUAAUACCAAUGACAUAUUUUGGUAAACUAGAGAGACAUAACUAGAGCUGCAUGCUUUGUUCUGUACAUAGAGGAGAAGUUUAAGCAAACUAAAGCAGCCAAAUCAAAGAACUAAAUUUGAACAAAAUUGAUGUUAUGCAAACCUUUUGCAAUUUUAGAGGAGCUGAUGCAAAGUUGGUAACUUGUUCCCCUUCAACGACACAUAAAAUUGUAUGGGCUCAGACAGCUAGCUGUUUAAUGAAAUAUUAAAUUAGGAACACCAGAAAAGAAGUAUGUGAAAGAAAUGAGUAUUUCAUGAAUUACACUUAAAAGGAAAAAGAAAGAUAAAAGUUGUCAGCAUAAUGAUUUUGAAGUCAGUUCCUGAACCAUCUAAAAAUACAGUUUGCAAACUAAAAUGAAAAUAUGUUAACCUCUCAACACAGGGAAUGUGCAAAAACUUUUUGCAUUUUAACCAUGGUAAAAAUAACAGCUUCACCUAUUGACUCUAUACCUCUAAAGAAUCGCUGCUACUUGGUGCAAGACUUUUGAAGGGCAAAUGAAUUAGGUGAAUUCCAGAUUGUAAAUCUCUGAGCUUCAAGCAGAGUCUUUUUUUUUUUUUCCCUAAAAUUUCAGAAUGAAAUUCUCUCUAGUUCGCUUGCAUGUGCAUGCAUCUAGUCCACAGGGGAUUACAAAGAAAGCUGGUCACACACAUACACCUCUCAUAAAGAUGUAUAUAUUCAUUAUACUUCUGAUCUUUGAGCUUCCUUUUCUACUAAGCUAAAAAUUCCUUUUUAUCAAAGUGUACACUACUGAUGCUGAUUGUUGUAUUGGGAGCACGUAGCAAUAAAAAUGUUAACAAAGUA